ACGCAGUUAACCGUCGCACACGAUCGUAUAAACACACACGCGCACACUUCUGCCGGACCACACCACUCACGGACGACGACCGUGAAUAACAUAAUAUUUAUUGUAUUACACGCUCCAGUGUUCGCCCACCCGCACAAACGUAAUACUGCCAUUGCGCACGAACUCGUCCCAGAGGAGCUAAAUAAUAAUAUUAUUAAAUUAUAAUAUUAUUGUCGACCGGCAGAAUACGAAUACAAUAUUAAACAGUAGCUGUUUUGACGAUAUAGACAUACGACUGCAAAUCGUCAUGAUCACCGCCGGUUCAACACGGGUCGCUUUGACCGUGGUCACAGUAUUCGCAUGGUUUGCGGCAGGUCAAAGGAUUACAACAAUACAGUUGGAUGGCACUCAGUACUACAUCAGUAGGAUGAAUCCAUAUUCAGCGGAAUUAAACUAUUUUUUGGCAUAUGAAUAUUGCAGAUCAAUUGGAUUGCAAUUGGCUUCAUUUGAAACGUUGGAAAAAACAAACUCAAUAUCGGAUUUCUUAAGAAAUGCUGGUUACAACAAAUUCGACUAUUGGACAUCUGGAAACCGCUUAGGCACUGACAUGCUUAUCUGGAUGUCAACGGGUCUACCGUUCAACACAACUUUCAACCAAAUGAAACGGCCCAACCCGGACAAUAACGGUCUGGAUAAUGAAGACUUGAAAAUGAACGCUAGGCCGGAACUGCCCAUAGCUAGGAAAAAGAGGGGUGAAAGUGGUUCCAGAGAUGGAUGUGUAGCGAUUAAAGCGCCUAACAUGGACUGGGUGACGGCCGACUGUACAGACCUGAAGGAUUUCAUUUGCGAGCAGACCAGGUGUUAUUAUUACAACUACGGGUCGAUUCCGGUGUCCUCCAGCCAGGGUUUUGGUUAUAAACAAAAAGCUACAGCAUUCCCAAUUCAUUCAAACUUAUCUUUGGAGGAAAACACUACCACUCCGACAACUACUACCACCACCACUACUACCAUCAAUCCCAGUAAUCCCACCACUACAACCACUACUCCUGCCACCACUACUACCACCACACCAGUAUCGCCCAAUAUUAUGCUUACGACCUCAGACGUUGCGGCCGCAGAGGGCUACGUGAUUACCGACAUCCGCCGGAAGUCGGAAGUCGACAAUGAAAACGACAACGAAGCUCCUAGGGCGGCGGAACCGGAACCCGAACUGACGGUCUCGACGACAUCCGGUCCGUUGGUCGACGAUUUGUUGUCCGCGAGUACCAUCGAACCACUGCAAAGUGGAUAUCAAGAGUCGCAGACUGACGAACAACAGUCGACCAGCGAACCACGAACGGAUGAACGGCCGUCGACCGACGAACGAGCGGACAGUCAGUAUUUUACCACUGAACUUCCGACACUCAUUCAGAUGCACAAUCAACAACAGUACGAACAACAGGAACACGACCAACAGUUGCACAGGCAUCAUCAACGUAACGAGGUGAAACAACGCGGGAAACAAGAAAUAGAUCGUCGAGAUCAACAACAGCACAACGACGCGUAUGCUUUCGAAUCGUUGGAAAAGGCUUUUGCCACCGCGGUGCCGCACAAGAUUCGAUCUACCAAGGAUUUGGAACAACCGAAAGACGACGCUGCAGCUACCGGUGAUCUACAGUUACCGUGGUCGUGGGCCAAAGACAUCAUGUUACAGAAACCAGUGUUGAAAAAGUCAUCACAAGAAGUCGCUUAAUUUCAUAUCAAUCGUCGAGUUCUACGUUUAAAAUAUUAUAUUUGUUUAAAGAAAAAAAAUUUUUUUAAAUAGUAUAAUUACGUAUGACAUUUGGAAAUCAAAAAUCAUCCAUAAAACUAAACUUCGUACAAACGUUGCUCUCUUCCGCGUUUCUCCCUACACGUCAUUAUUAUUUGUAGUGAGUUACCUACAUUACAAUAUUAUGCAAUUUAAUUUAGUCAUGUAUAAUUACAAAAAAAUCUGUUCUCAGCGCUUAA